AUGAAAGAAAAUGUUUUAUUUGACCCUUUAGUUUUUGAUGACGAAACCAAAAUUUUGAUAAGGCGAAAUAAUAAAACAGCAUCACUUAAAAAGCUUUAUGUCGUCUCUGCAAUAUGCACACUUUUCAUGAUUUCUGAAGUCAUAGGUGGAGUUUUAGCCAAUUCUUUGGCAAUCUUGACUGAUGCAGCCCAUAUGCUAUCAGACCUUUUGGGAUUUGGGAUAAGCGUAUUUUCUCUUUUAUUAGCAGCAAGACCAGCUUCAAGGACAAUGUCAUUUGGAUAUCACAGAGCAGAAGUCAUAGGUGCCUUGAUGAGCAUCAUUUUAAUAUUGAUAUUAACCUCCUUUUUGCUAUAUGAAGCUAUCUAUAGAAUAAUCGUCCCAGAAAAGGUAGACGGGUUUAUUAUGCUGAUCACUGCAAUUGUUGGGCUCCUUUGCAAUAUAAUAUAAUGCAUCAUAAAUUUUUCAUCAUUUUUUAGAAAAAUAAUAUACUUACUUACUUAGUUACAUAGUCUUUAAGGUGUCUAGUGCCCACACCCCUUAAUGAAAAAGAGUCAAAGCGACAACUAGUGACGUCACCAAGCCAUCUUGGAAUAUGUGGUCAGCCCACACCCAAGCCUUCUAUAAGGCUAGUCGCCAGAUAAAUCGCCGCACAUCUCACCCGGCGCGUUGCCGUCGCUCGUCCAGACUCAGCUCCUGCACGUGUUCCGCCUAAGGUCAUCCUCCCGUGGGGAUGUGCUGAGAGGUAAAACUCCUAAAUCUUGAGUGCACUGAGGAGCCGUGCCUUUGGUUAUCCCCAAAGUUAAACGGCUGUUGCUGUGCAGAAGUUCUCGAGAGAAAACCAAACCCAUAAAUAAAAUUCCAUGAGGGAGAGAAAAUUGGCAGAGCCAAAUUUCUCUCGAACCGAAUGCCAUUUUAUUUAUAGAAAAAUAAUAUACAAAAAAUAAAAUUUCUUAUCGAAAACUCAUAGGACAGAAUAAUGGGAAAAGUCCUUCACAGUUCUCAUUCCCAUCACGAUCAUCAUCAUCAUCAUCAUCAUCACGAGCAUGGAGACCUCAAUAUCCGAGCUGCAGCUCUACAUAUUCUUGGCGAUAUUUUACAAAGCAUAGGAGUUAUAAUAGCAUCAAUAAUUAUUUUUAUCGAGCCUACCUGAAGCCUAGCAGACCCUUUAUGCACUUUAUUAUUUUCUAUUAUUGUAACUUUUACAACAUUCCCGAUAAUUAAAGAAUGCAUAGGAAUAUUGCUGGAGGCAACCCCUAAAGGGGUAAAAAUAAAAGAAAUAAAAGAGGCUCUUAAAAAAGUAUUAUAUAAAUAGGUUGAAGGAGUUAUUAAUUUAGACGAUUUACAUGUAUGAAGCUUAAGCGCAGGCAAUACUUCGCUAUCCUGCCAUUUGAUUUCUAAUUCCCCGGAAAUUUCGUUAGAAGCAGCUACACAGGUUUGUAAAGAAAAGUUUAAAAUUUGUCAUACAACAAUACAGAUAAUUCGACCUGAAGUAAAGAAAGUGGCUUUUGGGUUUAAUAGAUUGCAUAACAAACAUUAA